UUCUCUUCCUCUACCGUGUUUGCUCUUAUGCUCUUACCAAACGCUGACAUCUGGAGAUUGUUGUUUAUCAUCAAUACUGAGAACUUGUCGGGUGGCUAAAAGCAACAUUUCAAGAUUUUUUAUUUUUUUUAACUUUCUAAAUCAGAGAUUGCCAGCUGGACUUGUGCACUUUACUCCAACAGCUUGUAAAUCAACAGUAAUCAUGAGUAAUGCUACACAGAGGAAAAGACGAACGGCUUCCACUUCGUGCUCCAGACGUGGCAACAGCAAGAGGAACCGAAGUCAGAUGUCCCAGGCAGUAAUGGAAACCAUUGAUGUGCUUGAAAGUGACAGAACUAACAGUGAAGAUGUGGUGGAUUUAACGUGUGAAGGGUUGGAGCCUGCGGUUGUUGAUCUCACCAAUAAUGAUUCAAUUGUGGUUGUGGAAGAGGCGGUUGUGCAAAGAAGACGUGGGCAUGGUACAGAGAGUUACAUACUGAGCAGUGAUGAAGAGGAAGAGUCCAGUCAAAGACUCAGUCCAGGUUUACUUUCCACUCUACAUGAAAGCUCCAGAGCCAGGUCUACACCCGGGGCAGUUAGCUGUCCUGUGUGCAUGGAUGCUUAUUCUGAGAUUAUUGACAGCGGUCGGCUCAUGGUCUCCACGAAAUGCGGCCACCUGUUCUGUAGUCAGUGCAUCCGCGACUCUCUGAGUAGAGCACACAGCUGCCCCACAUGUAGAAAGAAACUCACAAACAAACAGUAUCAUCCAAUAUAUAUCUAAUGGUGAGAAAAACAACUCAGCCAGGCAUGGAGAUCAGCAUACAGUCAUAACAAUUCUAGACGUUCUCAUGAAACAACUGCACUGUGUGGCGAGUCUAUCGCUUUCAUAUUUUAUACAUCAAUAGAGAGGUGAAAUUUUGUGGGGUGAAAAAGCAAUUUUAAAAUGUAAAUGCAUACACAGUUGAUAGUGUUGAGCAAUAUAGUUAAGGGUAAGGUCCAGUGCAUAUGAAAAAAACAAAACAAUGAACAACCUUCUUGUAAUGUUAGUUUAGUUUUAAGAACAAUACAACUCUCUGCUGGGUCAGUCUCCAUUCUUGUUCGGUGAAAUGUGUGAGAUUUCUGUAUUGGUUUGGGAUGCAUCACCCUCAUACCAGCCUGGUUAGCUUUGUUAAUUGUUACUCACGAUUAACAUGUUGUCAUUUAUCAUUAGGACAUUGGUAUCUGCAUAUGAAAAUGAAUACACAGGUUCUGAUUGUUCAUCAACUAUACUGUAAAUUUGAAGGAUAAUACAAUGCAUGGUGGUCAAGAUGAUGUAAAUGUUCUAAUUGUGCGUUCCAAGGAAAGGUCUUUCAAUGUACAUGAGCACUAUUAAACAGUGGUCUUGUAUUGAUUACUCAGUGGUCAUAUGUUUGAAUAAGUUUACCGAGGAGACUAAAGCUUACAGGGAUGGUUUGCCAAUUGCGCAUUGCAAAUGUUAAUAUUUGUAUAUACAUUCAUGUAUAAAGGACCUGUAAGUUAGAGAUGUCAGGACCAUUACAUUUAUUUCAAACAUUGAAACAAUAAACUUAUUGUUUACUUCUA